UCCAUGUUGCCAAAGACGCAUCGAUCUGCCGCCCGCCGAACGUCCAACCUGGAAGGAUGUGAAAGGGAAGGAGGGAAAGCGAGAGGGAGGGAGGUGGGAAGGCAGGCAGGCAGGCAGGCGAGAGGGAGGCGGGCUUGGCCAGCCGCGCUCUGCUAUCUCGCGUCUGGUCUUUUUUUUUCCUCCCCUUUGCUCAUCAGAGAGAGACGCACAGCGAUAGAAAGAAAGAGCGCGAGGCAGAAGCGCAGAGAAGGAAUGGAAAGGGCAGGGAGCACAACCAGCCUGCUGAAGUCUCCCCCGGGCCGCCGGGGAGCCGGAGCAGAAUAGAUGGGGUGGGAAAGAUCAGGAGCCCGGAUGCGGACGGAGAAAGUUUUUGACUUUUUGGCCGCUUCAUCGCUAUCCUCAAGGAAAGGAUUUUAGGGGAAUCUCUCUCUGUGAGUGUGUAGUACCUGCAUCCUCUUCUUUGGGCGAAAAAAAAAUAAUCUAGUGAAGGCAGAGGUGGGCUUUGGACGCUUCCGGGAGGGACCAUGCCUCCUGCUUUGCUGCCCGCUGGGAUCACCUCGCGGGGCUUCCCGGUCCCCGAUUGCUGACCCCCAUUUGUGGGGAACGCAUCAGGGGGAGCAGAGAGAGAAGGAGGGCGAAGGGGAAGAAAGUGGAGGGGGAAGCGUGUGGAUGUUCCAUCCCUCUGGGGUGCCCCCAGGCAUGAGCGAUGGGGGGAGCGAUGCUGGCAGGCGCCCCCUCCUCCUGGGUGAUCUCGGUGGCCCCCCGGAUCGAGUCCGAGACAAGGAGCCCCGCGGGGUGCUGGACAGCGCAAAGUUGCGCGCCGAGGCUGCAGGCAGUGGAGGCGGCGGCGGCGGAGGGCUCAAGGAUCUGGCGGCAGGAACGUCGGCCACCAGCCCCGGCUCCUCCAAGGAGUGCGCCCCGGAAACGGACAGCCAAACCUCGGCCGGCGAAGCGGAUUACUGCCGCCGGAUUCUGGUGCGAGAUGCCAAAGGGACCAUCCGGGAGAUUGUCCUUCCCAAAGGCUUAGACCUGGACCGGCCCAAGAGGACGCGGACCUCGUUCACCGCAGAACAGCUCUACCGGCUGGAGCUGGAGUUUCAGCGCUGCCAGUAUGUCGUGGGCCGGGAAAGGACCGAGCUCGCCCGGCAGCUCAACCUCUCUGAGACACAGGUGAAGGUCUGGUUCCAGAACCGGCGCACCAAGCAGAAGAAGGACCAGACUCGCGACUCGGAGAAGCGCGCCGGCGCCACCGCCGAGUCCUUCGCCACCUGCAACAUCCUGAGACUCUUGGAGCAGGGCCGGCUGCUCUCCGUGCCCGUGCCGGCCCCGUAA